AAAGUAAGUAGAGAACGAAUCUUUCACCCUAGGUACACUAUGAUGUACAACGUAGAGUGGUCCUAUGCUGUAACAAAAACGCCAGGGAUGGUCAAAGAAUAUACACGUGCUAUUUUGUUGUUCAGAGCGCGUUGUACGUGGUCAGAGCGUUCAGUCGCCAUUGUUUGUUGUUAGUUCACCUGGCUCAAGUUGAACUUGGUUGCCACUAUACUUCUUCAAGUCACUCUUCAUAAUUCGCUCGCCUUCUCUCGCUCUUCCACCUUCAAACAACAUUUUCUCAUCUGUCACUUAUGGGUAAACUCGACCACCAGAACGCCGAAGGGGGCAGGAAAGACAAGAGGCGACGCUCUUCGCACGAUUAUGGAAAAACACUGAAGUCGGUAGAGAGGUCGCGUCUCAACAGUAACAGUGAGGGCAGUGACAGAAUCAGACGAGACGAAUCGGGAAGAAUUGUAUUCCCUAUAAAGCGAGACAGCCCACCAAGUACACCUGGAGUGACGGAAGUUCUAACUUCUGAACCAAUUCACUCGCCUACCCCCGCAUCUGAAAAUGCCGCGGGCAGAGAUCGUAAGAUCAGAGGUAUCGUCCAGCCCGAGACACCCAAGAAGCGUAAGCAUGAUUCCAACGAGGUCCCUCAGAAACGAAAGCGAGGCACCGAAAUGACACCCGGUGCCCGUGUAGGAUCAGAGGAUUUGGGUAGACGGGCUGAGAUCAAGCGAUUGAUGGCGACGAUCGAGCCCCGUACAAAAGCCGGUCGUGCUGCGCGCAAGGAGGUCCGCAAGGACUUCGACGAUGAAAUAGAAAAGCUUCGCUUGCAAUCACGAGCUCCACCUAGAACUCCUCGAAAGUCCAACAAGUUUACCAAGUCGAAUCAGCCUCUACUCAAAUCGUCUUUGAGUUCAGCUGUACAUGGUAUUCAAUGUCUUAUCCAGCGCCCAGCUUUCCAUGAGAGCUACUUGCAAUCUUUCGUCAACGCGGUCGGUGGUAGUGGAGUUCCUGAUAUGCGCAUCACAGUGGAGGAGGCUAAGAAGCAGUUUGGGACUGCGGCUCUGCUAUGUGCGAUGAAUGGGCUUACUCAUGAAGACCUUUGCUCGCUACUCGACCAGUUAAAAGGCAGUCUUCAACUUGUAAUACCUCGCAUCGCCUAAGAAGUGAGCUGAGCAUGUCGGUCUAUUCGUGCUUGUUCCAUACAUGCGUGGCUGGAACAUUCAGGUAUUGACUGGAUAUCGAAGUGCGAGUAUAAUGGUUGGCUGCUACAUAUCUACGUGUGCUCGAAGGAAGCAAAGCCUAGGGUCUGAUAUCAACCCUGUAGAAUACGGA